AUGUGGUUCAUCGACAGUGUCAUCAACUUUGUCCAAAGUUUCGGCUUCUUCGAGAAGCAGGGCAAGGUCCUCUUCCUCGGCCUCGCCAACGCCGGCAAGACUACCCUGCUUGGUCAGAUCGCCGAGAACAGACGCGUAGCCUUGGCGCCGACCAUGCACCCAAACAACGAGCAGAUCAAGGUCGGAAACGUCGUAUUUGACACAUUUGACCUCGGCGGCCAUCAGGGCGCCCGUCGCCUCUGGCAGGAUUACUUUGUCGAUGCCAACGCCGUCUUCUUCCUCGUGGACGCUACCGACUGGGCGCGUUUCCCAGAGGCCCGGGCCGAACUGGAGGCCCUUCUGGCCAUCAAAGAGCUCAGGAAUACGCCCUUUGCCAUCCUUGGGAACAAGAUGGACCGUCCCCUGGCUGUGAGUGAGGCGGAGCUUUACCACGAACUCGGUCUCGGCCCUGAAGGGCCUUGCGCCAACCGCGCCGUCAAGCUAUUCAUGUGCUCGGUCAAGAAGCGACAGGGAUAUACCGAUAUCUUCUACUGGCUAGAGAAGAAUCUCUGA